ACCAGUCUCUCUCCCCGCUCUUCGUCUACUCUCCAAAAUCCCCCGACGCACCUGCGCCCGACAGCCGCACAAAACGCCAUCGGACACGAUAUCAGCUCGACGUCGGCGCGUACGGCAUCCCCAAGCGCUCCCGCGGGCCCUGCGUCGCCGGGCGCGAUGGGCACGGCCGAUUCGACGGCCGCGCAGACUCGGGCUCCGACGAGCUCGGCCGCGCAGUGCAGGUUGGCGAGGACGCCUACUUCGUGCGAGACAACGCGAUGGGCGUCGCGGAUGGGGUCGGGGGAUGGUCCAGGCAUCGGCGCACCCCGUACGCGGACCCUACGCCCAGUGCGCUGUUCGCGCGGCGGUUGAUGCACUAUUGCUCGGAGGAGGUCGACGCUGCCAGCGAGGAGCAGCAUCUUGCUGACGCCGACUCGUACUCCGAGGCGGAUGUCGACCUGUACGCCGAUCUCGAAGAUUCGUUGGAGGACCUCGAGGACGGCCUGGACGUGCUCAUGAUCCUCGAAAAGGCGUACGAAAAGGCACUCAAGUCCCACGUCCGCCCAACAGACACAGGUAUUUCAUCAAGCGGCUCUCGAUCGCCCUCGCCAUCCGAUAGCAAACCCAAACGAGCUUCGACGCCAUCUCCAGAAUCCCAGUCGCCACCGGGCGUUGUUCCGUUAUUUGAGGGCUCCUCGACGGCGCUCGUCGCCAUCCUCGAGCACCCCGCUUCGUCCCGACCAACCAAGGCGGACACGGCUCUCUUCGGCCCCCCGCCCACGUCGGGCAAAGCGGCACAGCCGCAGGUGAGCACCGACGGGGCCGUGAUCCGCAUCGCGCACCUGGGCGACUGCAUGGGCAUGCUGAUUCGCGGUGAGGAGAUCGUCUGGCGCACCGAGGAGAUGUGGUGGAAUUUCAACACCCCAGUGCAGCUCGGCCCGGCGUCGUCGACGAAGCCGCACGACGCGCGGAUAUUCACGAUCCCCGUGCAGGAGGACGACAUCCUGAUCCUCGCCUCGGACGGCCUGUCCGACAACCUGUGGGACGCGGACAUCCUCGACGAGGUCGUGCGCUUCCGCCGGUCGUUCAUGGGCACCACGCCCCCUGCGAAACCCAACGACGGCGACGCAUUUGCAACUGCGCCCCCAGCACCAGCUUCCGCAGCACACACAGCAACGGCGACGCCUGCAUCCAGCGCGACGUUCCGCAGGAGCACGCUCGCAGGCAUGCUCAGCGAGGCGCUGUGCUCGCGCGCGAAGCGCGUGUCCGAGACGCGCGGCCCGCGCAAGGCCUCUGCCACGACGACGACGACGACGACGACGACGACGACGACGACGACGACGACGACGAAAAGCGUGCUGACCGCGAGCGAGGCCGGGGCCCGGGGGCCGCAGGCGGACGUGCCGUUUGCGAAGCGCGCGAAGGAGCAGGGGAAGCUGUUCGAGGGCGGCAAGCCGGACGACAUCUCGGUGCUCGUCGCGGUGAUCUCGCCGGUAGGGUAGAUACAUACAUAUCUGUGGACCGCUUCCGCGUCCUCCUUCCUCUCAUCUCAUCUCUUCGACUGUACAUGCGUUUGGUUUGUUCAUCUCUCACUCUCAUCGCGCCCGCGAUACACAUAACAUAGCUCCAUCCUCAAUCGACCACCUGAUAUGCGUACACUCAUCCAUUUAUUUUUAUGCAUUGCUUCGUCUUCCUGCUCCUCACCGCGCCCUCCGUUUCAUUCCAUUCUUCUCCGCUUCUAUCCCCCAUGGGCACAUAAACUCCACCUCUUAGGGACACACCCUCAGCAGUCAGUGCGAGGAGAAGCCGAGCUCUAGAUAUGCGUAGACAGGUUAUCUAGCCCCCAAAACUGUUCUUCGAUACUCACAUCCAAACAUACACAUGCAUCCAUAGUCGCACACCUCAUCGUAUAC